AUGCUGACCCUUUGCGCAGGAGCGAGAUCCGCAAGCGUUGGUUCAAAGAAGGGGGCAAGCACCGGCGAGCAGGCUGCUGCUGCGCCCGCCACUCCUGUCAGCAUGUCUUCCACGCCAGUCUCAUCCAAUACCCGGGCGACCCGGUCACGCUUCUCGAGCCCACAGACUGCUUCAGGAAAUGCUGCGACCGACUCAUCGUCGUCGAGGACCGAGAGACUCUCCGCCAGCCACGCUGCGAAGGGGGGCAACGAGAAGGAGAAAGAGUUCAUGCAACGCUGGCUUGAGCCGCCCGUGCAGAUUAAGGCGAGCUUUCAGGAUGCAGGCCUCGUGCGUCAUGGCAUCUUUGAGACCAUGGCCCCUCUCGGGACGCUGCCAAAGGUCGGCUUGUUUAAGAAGACAGCACUCCCCCCGGCUCCGGCCCCUGAGCACGCUCCUACCCGGAAGAUUAUCGUCAAGCAGCGCACCCAGCAGCCGCCAGCACCUCCAGUGCCUGCAACAGCGCCCGAGGCCGACGAGACGGAAGAGGAGAACGACGCGAAUACGGAAGAGGAUGUCGAGACCCAGGGCGGCGCAUCCCUAGAGUUCGAGGAGGAGCCAGUUCACACCGCCAGUCAGGCCAUGAGCAAAACUCGCACAGUACUCCCUACAGCAUCGCGAUCACGCUCCCGUCGCCCAUUGGGAUCUCGUGACAGCGACGACGAGGAAUGGGCGCCGGCGCCGGGCAGGGCGUCGCAGAAGAGCGCAACAGGCAGAUUUGCAUCACGAACAGGCACUGCACGCGCGGCUGCAGCAUCUGCAGGGCAUCAGCAGGCAUCCAGCGCAAAUUCUCGGGCCAUGAUGGAGGAAAAACAGUUCGUCGACAAGGUUGUGGAGGCAGCCGUGGACGAGGCGCUCUCCCAUAAUCGGUACCCCACAGCCUGGGCCCUGCGCACACUCUACUAUGAAAAUUCAUCCCGGUCUGAUUUUGUCAACAUGCUUGCGAAGGUGUUUACGCAGACUGCAGACGUCGACACUCUGCAGGAAUUUAAGCGACUCAUGGAGCCCAGGAAGCGGGAGGGCAAGAAAGACAACAAAGCCUACAACUACUUUGUGCCGCCGUCGCCCUCUAAAAAGGACCCCAAGCCCCAACCGCCGAAGCGCUCCCCGUACGGCGAUCUCAUUAAGCUGGACUUGUCUGCUCUCCGUCGUCGUAACCGUGAAGGGGUCCGCGCCGCCAGCAAGAACAAGAAGGAGAAGCAGGAAAAGGAAAAGCAGGAGAAAGAGAGGGCGCCAAAGGAGCCGAAGGAGCCGAAGGAACCGAAGGGGCGCCCAGCUUCAGCACCGCCCUCGUCUCGCCAACAACCCGAACCCGAACCCGCGCCUGUACCCGCGCCUGCAACAACGCGCAAGCGGGAGCGCUCUCAAGACAAGAAAACUCAGCAACAACAGCAGCCAAAGGACAGGACCGACGAGUCCGCGUCCGCCCCCGAGCCUGAGCCUGAGCCUGAGCCUGAGCCUGAGCCUGAGCCUGAGCCUGAGCCUGAGCCUGAGCCUGAGCCUGAGCCUGAGAAGCAGGAACAGGACGAGGCCGACCCCGACCCCGACCCCGGCCCCGAACCUCCUCGCAAAAGGCGCAAGACAGUCGCUGCGGCCAAACAGCAACAGCCGCAGCAGCAGCAAGCUCAACAGAAGAAGGCCGAGCAGCUGUCGCUGCAAUCGCCCAAAUCAAAGCAAUCACAGAGACAGCAGCAGCAAUCGGACGCUACCGCCAAGAUGGUGACCUCGUCGUCGAAUGGGGUUAACGGUAAGGCCGCCGCCAAAGUUGAAACGCCUUCGCGCAGAUCCAGACGGGCUCGCUCGCUGUCCACGUCGUCAUCCCUGUCGAGCGCUCGGUCCAUGUCGCCCCCGGAUAGCAUCCAGGAGCGCUCAUCGGAGAGCAACGAGAAUACCGAGCUGGCCGUAGACGCUGCUGAGGACACUGGCGAGCCGCAAGCCGAACAGGCCGAGCAGGCAGAGCAGGCAGAGCAGGCAGAGAAGCAGCCGUCGUCGCGCACCAGCCCCGUGCUGCGUCAGCCAAUCACGGCCAAGCGGCGACAGAAACAGCAGCGUUCCAGCGCACCACCACGCAAGAGCGCCCGGAACGUGUCACACCUAUCUCGUCACGCCUCUCCCCAGACAGACCCGGCUGCCGCGGCCGAUGCUGAUGUUUCCUCUGCUACCGCCAAUGCUCCGGAGGAGCAACCAUACGAGAUGCCAGCCGUCGUCGACACUCCCUCGCUACCUGCGAAGAAGGGUUCUGCCAAGCAGGGCGCCCCGUGGCCCGUGGUCUUUGCCCCCAAGGUCGGCAAGCUCGACGAGAACGACACCAAGCUGAAGCUGCGCCAGAACGCUCGCCGCGUUACUCAGAAUAGCAACGAGCUGGCAAGCAUUAGCAAUGUCCGAGCCAGUUCUCCCGAGGGCGCCUCUCGUCAGGGGCUCGACUCCGAGGCUGACUCGAGCACGGCGACGCCCAUGCCGGCUCCCACAGGCCGUAUCACCCGCAACGGCCUUGCCAAUGCAUCUGCCUCUCGUCCUACGCCGGUGCCCCUGAGGGAAGGCCGCAGCACUCGCUCAUCGCUCAAGCGGGCGGCCGAGGAGAUGGAGGACCAACCGUCGCCCACAACUGCCAACAUGCCUGGUUCAGAGGCAGCAUCCACGGCUGCCAACUCGCGUGCUGGCACACCAGCUCUUCGCUCGAGCAAGAGGCCCCGGACUGGUCUUCGUGUCAAGACUUCGCCUGUCAAGAAAAAGAACGGUACCUCGGCGGGCAUCCCCCGCGCCAGCGGCGAGCGGAGUAGCCCCAUUGGUAACGGCACUGCGAAUCGUGAGGGCAUUUGGUCACCUCGUUCUCUUAACCCCUCUCACUUCCUCAUCGGCUACCCCUCGCCCAUCACAAAACGCGCGCACAGUUCGGGUGUGGCAAAGGAUGAUAAUGAUGAUUACUGCUCAUCAUGCGGCGGUAACGGCGAGUUGGUCUGCUGCGAUGGCUGCACACGCUCGUUCCACUUCAACUGCGUCGACCCAAUUAUCCGCCAAGAUGACAUGCCCGUCGAAUGGUUCUGCAACGUGUGCCGCGCCAGCCGCAGCACUGCGCCAGCGCAGCAUUAUUCCGGUGCCUUUGCUCUGCUCCUCGAGAAGCUCGACUCCAAGAACUCGAGCGCUUUCCGCUUGCCGGCCAGUGUCCGCGAGUACUUUGAGGGUGUGCGCACCGGCGUUGACGGCGAGUAUGAAGAGAUCGUGGCGGUGACCAAGCCCCCGAGAAGGAGAAAGGACGAUGAACAACCCCCUGACUUCUACCGGCUUUGCGACGCCCAAGGCAAUCCAGCCAUCUGCCACGGCUGCGGCAAGGGUAGCGGCAACGUUCGCCCUAUCAUCCCUUGCAGCGUCUGCGCCGUCUUUUGGCAUUUGGACUGCCUCGAUCCUCCCAUGACCCAACCCCCUCCUCUCCGGAACUGGAAGUGCCCGCUCCAUGUCGAGGAGCUCCUGGCAAAAGUUCCGGGUGUCCUGGCCCCGGCUCAUCGCUUGCGCAAACCGAAGCAGCUUCCCCCCGUUGUUCGUCCUGCUUUCAGUCGCGGCUUCAUUAACGAUGGCUACAUCGAAGUCGAUCUCGAGGAGACCGAGAAUCUCAGUGGCUGGCGCAACCUCGAGACAUACGGUCGGACUGUGCGACUGCCCGAGAGGGGCAUUAAGUUGGACUUUUUGUCUCGUGCCCUUGAGAGCCGCAUGCAAAAGGAGACCGUGAUACAAACUAGUCAGGCUGCAACAGCCGUCACGAGUGCGGGCACAAAUGCCGAGUCCGCUUCAGCUCCGGCCCCGCUGGGUACCAGGUCACUCGAGGAGCAGCAGGCUGCCCUCAACCUGGUCUGGCUCAGCACCAAUGGCAAUAACCAGCCGCCCGCCGACGGGGUAAGGACUCUCAUCGAUGUCAUGAUCUCCGAAGCAGAGCCCACGGUCAUCGACAUGAUGGCUCGGGCGAACCCCGGCCGUCUCGGCGAGUUGACAUCGCUCAACCACAUGGACCAGCAAGCCCUGCGCGCCAUGCUAGCGCAAGCCGAAAUGAUGGUCGAGCGUAUCCGUUCCUUGCUGCAGCCGGCCCCGUCUGCAGCUCCAACCGCUUCGUCUGUCCCGGCUUUGCGGUCGCCAACCGCUGCCGAGCCGACUGAGAAGAGCCCCGCGCGUGCUGUCUCUGUGGCUGCUAUAUCGCCCGCCCCAACUUCAUCUUCAGACGAGGAGGUCCCUCCCAUGACCCAGGGCGAGAAAACUCCUGUGCUCCCAGGCGGUACCUCACCAGCCCCGGUAGCUGAGGAGGACGGCGUCGAAGAACCAGGCCCCGCUACGCCGCCCUCUAAGACGGGCGACGAGUCGAACAGUAACGGGGGCGCCAAAACGGUUGUCGAGGAUGGGGGGCCGGUUGUCGCUGUUGCUGGGGAAGAUGGGGCCAAGGAGGGGUUCGUUGGGGAGGAUGGUCAGGUUGAGCUGGAAUGA